GAUGAUAUUAAAAUGACGACCGCCGAUGAUCUACACGAUGGUAUAGAAAUCAACGUCAGCUGCAGAGCUAUAAAUGGAUAUCCUGCACCGCUCAUCCAUUGGUACAUCGGAUCUAGAAAUGUGACACAUGAUUCGUCUCUGAAGACUUCAGUGAAUGGAGCUGAUUGGUAUGAUGCUGAAAGUAUCCUUACCCUCAUACUAAAGAGGAUUGAUCAUGGGAAACCUCUUCUCUGUCGGGCAUUUCAACCUACAACACCAUCUUUGCGGUCACUAAAAGAUAGCAUGGUUUUGAACAUAUCAUAUCACCCAGUUGUGUCCGUUUCUUCUCGACGGCUAACAUCAAACGAAGUACGUACUGGGAUCGUAUUAACAUGUACCUCCGACGCCAAUCCUCCUGCUUUUAUCUUACAAUGGUCCUGUAACGGCACAAAGUUGUCUAACGAAUACCGUAACAUAACCCUCUCCGAGACUAUACAAGAAGGUGAAACGCUGACUUCCAGUGAAAUGGAGAUUCGAAACCCCCAGUCCGAAGAUCCAUGUGAUUACAACGCGUAG